UUUUUCUAUAUAGUCGCUCAAUUGCGGAUGAUGUCGGAAACCGUCCUUCAAAACCCUGUGCGAAGAAUUAGGAGUGUCUGGCGAUAAACCCUGCUGCCGGAGGAAGGCGGAGCUCUUCUAAUGCAAGUCCUAGGUUGUAAUCCUCGGCUUUUCAGCCUAAUUAACCGCUCAAUGCACCAUUUGAAUCUCCGGUCAUUCUCUUCGUCUUCAUCUUCAGCCUAUUUCAGCCAGUCACGCGGCGGACUUCCUCGGUUCUUCUCCGAAACACUACCUACUACUAAAGGUGGUUUAGUGAGAGUGAAAGGCGACGAAUUCUGGCACAUGACCAAGGUUCUAAGACUAGGAAUUGAUGAUAGGUUAGAGCUAUUUAAUGGAAAGGGAGGUCUCGUUGAAGGACGUAUAGAGAGUAUUGAUCGUUCUGGGAUGGAUUUUGAAGCACUAGAGAACCCAAAAUUGGUUUCUCCACCAACCACUCAGUGGCACAUUUUUGCUGCAUUUAGCACUAUCAAGGGAGGGAGAGCUGAUUGGCUAGUGGAGAAAUGCACUGAACUCGGAGCAUCCAGUCUGACACCGUUAUUGACUGUGCGUUCUCAGUCAAUAUCAGAAAACCGGGCUGAUAGACUGCAGCGAGUUGUAUUGGCUGCAACUAAGCAAUGUCAACGUUUACAUGAAAUGACUUUGAAGCCUCCUAUGGCAGUUGGUGAACUCCUGCCUGUAGUAGCAAAUUCGAGAUUAGCUUUUUUGGCUGCGGCGGAGGCUACUCCUGUUUUUAAUGUGUUAAGCUCUUUAAACAAAGAACCUAAUGGAAUGAUUAUAAUUGGCCCAGAAGGAGACUUCACUGAAAAGGAAUUGAACUCGUUGAGGGAGGCUGGGGCAAUUGCUGUUGGUCUGGGCCCACAUCGCUUACGUGUUGAAACUGCUACAAUGGCUCUCCUUUCUACUCUGAUGUUAUGGUCUGACUACCAGGAAUUAGCAAGCAAUUAAUGGCACUUCAGGCAACCCAUCGUCAUCGGCACCAUUGGAGGUCGGAAUCACGCUCGAAGGUAGUGCCAUUCUGAUUGCACCGGUGGUUCAAUGAUGAUGGAUACAUAUCGUUGGAAAUCCUCUUUAGUAUAGAACACAUUAGGUGUUAGUUUCUUUCUGAUUGAUCAUCGUUCAGGUGUAAUUUCGACAAAGGAAUAGCUAAUGUCACGAAUUUAGCAUGAUUGUGGUUAUAAUUAAACAAUUUCUUAGAGUUCAGGACAUAUAAAAAAUAAAUUAAAGUGGAGGCUAUAAAUUGAAAUUUAUUGAAAAAUUAGACACUAAAUAUAAUUAACUCUAAUAUUAUUGUUGUUUUCUGCCCCUUUUCCAGUCCAACGGUCACUUGUACAGUACGAUUAUUAAAAAGUGUGAAUCGUUUGUGGAAUUGGCUCAACCCGGGAAGGUUUACUUUGGGUUUCUUCUCUUUCAAAACUUCUCCGUUUGAACGGAAUCUUAAGUUGAAGGAGAAAUGCGUACUCUCUCUUGAUGACUCAUACGGAUAUCAUCACCUCAACUCUAGAGAAAAAAAAAAUACAUAUGCGGAUCACAAAAACAUUAUUUAUAUAAUUUUUGUCAAAGCAAAUGUUAUUUUUUCCUUAUUUGUUGUUUUAGUUCAAUUUAAUUUGUGUAAAUUGUCGAGAAUGUGGAACUUUAAUGAAGAAUACGCAAUUGAAA